UCUAUGUAAAGGUCCGCAGGAAUGGAAAGACAUUCGCCAAAUGAUUCAGAUCCCGGGAAGGAAACGGAAUUCCCAUGGCUGUUCGAAAGAAAACAGUUGAAACUUUUAUCCAAACACGCCAGUGCGCAUGCGCCGCAGUGCAGUGACGUGUCUGAAAGGUGUCAAACGGGAUGUAAAAAUGAUCGAAAAGGCUCCGGAUAAACCAACGAACCAGGUUAACAGGAGCCAGAACCAGCCGUUCAGAUCGCUUCACAGCCAGGGCUGAACUCUCGGAACCGGACCGGGGAACCAGAGGACCGGGGGAUGUCUCGGAGGCGGCUGGACAGCCGCAGCGGGCUACCCGCCGGGCUGCUGGCCGAGACCCAGACCCCGAUCAGCUCCGAGCCGCUGGACAUCGCCUAUGAGGUGACCGGAGAGCUGGGCAGGGGGAAGUUUGCGGUGGUGAAGCGCUGCGUGGAGAAAAGUUCGGGGAAAGAGUUCGCCGCCAAGUUCCUGAGGAAGAGGAGGCGGGGCCGGGACUGCCGGGCCGAGGCCGUCCAUGAGAUGGCGGUUCUGGAGUUGGCCCGGAACAGCCCGCGGGUCGUCAACCUGUACGCUGCCCACGAGACCGACCACGACCUGGUGCUGCUGCUCGAGUACGCCGCCGGCGGGGAGAUCUUCGACCUGUGCGUUUCGGAGGAGCUGCUGCCUGAGGCCCAGGUGACCCGGCUGAUCCGACAGACCCUGGAGGGGGUCCAACACCUGCACCAGAACCAGCUGGUCCAUCUGGACCUCAAGCCACAGAACAUCCUGCUGACCAGCCUGGCCCCGCCGGGCGACAUCAAGAUCGUCGACUUCGGCCUCGCCCGCCGCCUGGGGACGGCUGGCGAGCUGCGAGAGAUCCUGGGAACGCCCGAGUACGUAGCUCCAGAGGUUCUGAACUACGAGCCGAUCACCACAGCGACGGACCUGUGGAGCGUGGGCGUCAUCGCCUACAUGCUGGUGACGGGCGAGUCGCCGUUCCUCGGAGACGACAAGCAGGAGACGUACCUGAACGUGUCGCAGGUCAACGUGGACUACAGCUGCGACGCGCUGAGCCGCGUCUCCGAACUCGCCGUCGAUUUCAUCAGGAAGCUGCUGGUCAAGGCGCCAGAGGACCGACCCAGUGCCGCAGAGUGCCUCAGCCACCCGUGGCUGUGGCAGCAGCCGCCAUGCCUGAACCCGGAGCCGGUUCUGGUCCGGCCCGUCCGGGAGCGGAGCUGCGGCGCCAAGUGGGCGGCGCCGCUGGAGGACAAGGAGAACUUUCUAGACUCGCCCCAUUCUCACGCCAAGAGGUUCCGCCUGGAGGAGGAGACGACCGGAGACGGCGACUUCUGAAGACGCCUGAGGCGACGCGGCGCAGACGGCUUCUUCUUCUUCUGUUUUAAAUAGUUUUAAGCUCCAGAAGCUCUAAUCUGCUUCACUGAUCCUCCAGUCCAACCAAAGAUAACGGCUUCCUGUUUCUGUCCAGCAGCACUGCUGGACGCCUCCCCCAUGACGGCUGCACUGCAGCAUCUAUUUAGGGAAAUCUAUGCAGUUUGAAUCUAUGCCUUAAAGUAGGAAAACCUGUCGAGGUCACCUGGAAGAGCCGCCUGCUGCCGUCACCAGCAGAACCGUUCCUAACGCCGGCCGCUCUCCGCCGGAUCUCUGCACCCAAACGUAGCUCAGGGUUUAGUUGUAGAGCAGCUGAUGUUCGCACGCCGCGCUGCACACCGUUUCCUGUCAGGACGUACGGCGGCUAACAGCCGCAGCUAACGCCGAAAACUAGCUGCAAACACUUGAACGAUGAUAUUUCAAAACAAAAACAGAAAAACUCUACGAAGGAAACAAACAAAAUGGAAAACAGCAAAGACAUCCGGUAUGAAACGUUGUAAACUCAGUCCUCCGCUCCACUAGGGGGAGCCUGCAGUCGGUAAUAUUACUUACGAAAAUAUGCUGCUGUUCUAUAUUCUAAAAAACUAUUUGAAAAAGAUGUGAAGUAUUUCUUCCUUCCUCCAAAUUUCCUCCUGAGGGCCUGGCUCCAGAUGGUUUGGUGGUCGGCGCCCCCUGGUGGUCUGGAGGAUUUCAGUGGAGGAGCUAGCAGCGUUUCUGUUUCCUGCAGUUUGGGUUUUGCUGAUCGUUAGUUUUUGUGUUUGUCAGUUAGCAUCGUGUUCGCGCCGCUCAGCCUCCGUACGUCUCUUUCUCUGUAGCACUUACUUCCUGUGCAGGAAGGAAGGGGCGUGUCUGCAGCCAUUCCAGAGUGAUCAUCUCAGGGCGCCGCUCCGCCUGCCACAGGCCUGCUAUUGUUGUUAUUAUUAUUAAUGUUAUUUAUGUGCUGGACUGAUUCUGGAUGUUUUAUGAAACAAUGAGCUCAUGUCUUAAUGUUGGCCAAUUGUGGAGGGAAGCAGCUGAUUGAGGAGGCUUUUAUGCUGAAAGGAUCUGAAGGAAGUAGAAAAGUGUUGCAGGAAGAAUCUGAAGGAGUUUGAGUCGUUGGGCAGCUGCAGGAGAGAAACGAGGGAGCAGAGGAAGUGAGAGAGACGGCGUGCCACAGCGGCUGACCUCAUGACCUCACCGCAGGGGACAAAGGGCUCUGUGAGGACGCCCCGUCCCGGGACACCCCGCGCCGCCGCCGCAGGGAGCCGGCCUGACAUCAGCUGCUUCACUGGACCUACAUGUUUGUUCUGCUGAUUCCUCCUGUUCCAGUCAAAUCAGCCACAAGCACAGAGACCAACGGCUGAAAGGAUGUAACUUUAUUUUUAUGUUUUUUAAUGUUUGAGCGUAAUUACAUCUUCAACAGAAGAAAUAAUCUGUAAUCUGAUAACUGCUGGCUAAUCUGUAGGCGUCACAAAGCAAACUGGAAAAGCUCAUUAAAGUUGUAGAAAAC